GCGCUAUUCGCUCGAAUUACGGGGUUGACAUCAACUUGGCCGAGUUACUCAACCAGGCAGGCUGGGCGUGAUAUACAUCUCGAAUUAAAUUCGAACAUUCAUUUAGUAAAUCAUUCGUGUGAUCCAACACUGGAGUGGGAUAUGUCGCCCAUGGAGAUAAGGGUAAGCCGCAAUCGCGACCUGAAGAAGGGCGAUAUGCUUUCUUUUUUGUAUCCCAGUACGGAGUGGGUACUGGUCCAGUCUUUCGAUUCCUCAUGUUAG